AUGCCAGUAUCAAAGCCAGCUACUUUCAGCAGGUGGGCAGUGAGAAUGUCCAGAAGAGCUGACAAAUCAUCUUCAGCAUCCCCUCAGAGCUGUCUGGAAAGACUGCCAUCUGAGAUCCUCAUUAAGAUACUGUCAUACCUGGAUGCUGGCGCUCUUUUCAGUAUCAGCCACGUUAAUAAACGCUUGUAUCAUCUUGCCAGUGAUAAUAAUCUGUGGAAAGAAAUAUACAACACAGAGUUUGGGAGGCACAGGAAACUAAAUCCCAAAGAUCAGAGGGUGAGCUGCUGGAAGCUGAAGUACAUGAGGACUGUGGCUCUAUGUGACCUCAACAACUGGGACAUGCAUCUUCGACACAUCAGCCGUUACACCGGGCUGCCUGCAGACACCGAGAUGAUCCUCAGAAAUCUGCAAAUCACCUGGGAGCUGACAGCAACUGACAAGUCAGGGCGUGAAGUUUCACAUGAACAGAGCUGGUCCCAGUUCUUUGAGACCUCUGUUGUUCUGGGCUGGAACGGAGCCUGUAUGCCUGACUCCCAGAGGAUUUCCACUUUACAAGUCCACGGUGUCAAGAAUAUAAGCCCGAUCAGCUCUGUUCACAGAGUUGCUUGGAGGUCUCUCAUGGUGAAGUUAGACAUGACAACUGUCUCUAAAAAUCCACAAAUUAUCGGUGAGGACAGCGUCGUUCAACUGGUGCUGCUACAUCCUGGCAUCAUCACAGGAAUCUGGAAGGAGAGGCCCUCCAUUGCAUUUGUCAUUGUUUGCCUCCACCUCCAUCAGCUGGUAGAAAAAAGCAUCUUGGGAUCCUUUGUUAGCCCCUAUGUGAACCCAGAGGUCAAAGCUCCUUUUGAUGACCUAGACCCAGGAUAUGGUCUCCAUGGCUACCAACUGCACAUUGUUCUCCACAACACUGUGCGAAACAUCAUGACAGAUUCAUAUUCCCAACUCUGCUGUCGGAGAACUGAAGUCCACGAUGGAAUUAUUGAGCUGAUUGCCGUGAGCAGGACAGACUUGUCAAAGCACACAGCUCUGUCAGGAAACAUCAUUCUGCCUUGGAGGUGUGAAGUUCUGAGCGGUACAGUUGAGAAUUGCUGCAUCAUCAGUGGCACUCUGCUCGACGAGUUCCAUAAUCCCUUCUGGUGUUUCACUGCUCCUGUUUCGAUGAAGCUGAUGGAAAAACCUGUUUCCUAUGACUAUGACGGGGAUCAUUUCCUGAUCCACUAUCAAGACUCACAUGGCCAGGUGAAGAUGGCAAUCGUGUGGUUGAAGGAGCAGAAGCAGUUUUACCUUGUGAGCCUUGUCGUCUACUUGUCCAUACACAAAGUCAACGUGCAUUUCGGCAGAAAUUACUGA